CCACAAGAUUCAGCAAUUAUUAUGUACACUAGUGGUUCGACCGGGCAACCUAAAGGUGUGGUAUUGACAAAUGGCAACGUAGUCGCCUUCAUCCUGGGAAUAGCCAGCGUAAUGCGGGAGUGUGGGGACAGAUUCGUUGCAUUUCUUCCUCUUGCUCACGUCAUGGAAAUUGCAUGUGAAAUUACAUUUAUGUCAUUGGGUCUACAGAUCGGUUACUCCAGCCCCUUCACGCUUACUGAUCAGGGCACCGCGUUGAUGCCUGGAGUCAUUGGAGACACUAGUUUGCUCAAACCAACUGCUAUGAUUGCGGUUCCGCUGUUGCUGAAUCGCAUCCGCAAGGCCAUUGAGCAGGAAUUGUCAAAAAAGAGUCCUAUUCUGCAAGAGGUGUUUGCCUUCGCCCAAACCUACAAAUCUUACUGGAAAAAGAAAGGAUUCACUACUCCCAUUUUGAACCGAAUCAUCUUCCGGGGCUCCAAGCAGAUCCUCGGUGGCCAUCUGAGGGCUUUAGUAUCCGGAUCGGCCCCGCUGUCCAGUGAAACACAGGAAUUCCUCAGCAAUUGUCUUGACUGUCCCGUGCUCCAGGGCUACGGCCUCACCGAGACCACGGCAGGAGCUACGCUACAAGAUCUAUAUGACCUGACGGUUGGAGUGGUUGGGCCUCCGCUGAACGGAGUACAAAUAAAGCUUGUCGACUGGGAAGAGGGUGGCUACCACGUAGCUGACCGGCCGUAUCCACGAGGCGAAGUGGUCGUCGGGGGUCCCACUGUGGCAGCAGGCUACUACUUGAAGCCAGAACUUACUGCGGAGAACUUCAAGGAUGACGGCCAGACGCGCUGGUUCUAUACUGGAGACAUUGGCGAGUUCCUGCCUAAAGGCCUCCUUCGGAUUAUUGACCGCAAGAAGGACCUCGUGAAGUUGCAGAACGGCGAGUACGUGUCGCUGGGCAAGAUCGAAAUGGUGUUGAAAACACAUCCGCUGGUUGACAAUGCCUGCGUGUGUGGAAGCUCGCUGUGUACGUUCGUCGUUGCCUUGAUCCAACCAAAUGAGGCAACCCUGAAGAGGACAGCAAAGUCCCUUUCCAUUGCUGAGAAUGAAAGCUUGCCGCAGCUUUGCGAAAAUCCCAUUUUGCACAAUGCCGUGACAAAUGAACUGACCAAUCACUGCACUAAAAGUAACCUCGUAAAGUAUGAAGUUCCACUCAAGUACAAACUCUGUAAGGAAGUGUGGACGCCUGAGACGGAGUUAGUGACGGCAGCUCUCAAGAUUCGACGCACACAGAUCCAGAAGUUGUACCAUGAGGACAUCCAGGCGAUGUACCGGGGAGUGUCGAACGCAGCUUCUGCAACUGAUCUGCUGUCAUCGAGACGGGACAACAGCGUUACGUUUCCGUUCGAGAAAAGUGGAAACGAAGCUGCGGAUCCCAAAGCCGGCGCCAAGUAG